UAUUGCGUUAUAAAAGCUGCAGGUUUUAAUCGUCGCAUUAGCCCAGCGUACGACUGGCUAUGUUUAAUGCAAGUUAAGAUUAAAUACAUAGACUAAUUUUAAAGAAAGUAUCUGACUGCAUUUGUCUUAUUUUAGUCUAUCUGCAACCAGAUUUUCCCGCAUAUCAUGACUUCUGGGGCACCCGAUAUUAUUAACGAAAAAGUUUUGCAGUAUGAGACUUUCAUCAGUGAGGUAUUGAGGCGAGACUUACAGAGAGUGUUGGAGCAAAGAGAUGGUGUGUAUGAGAAGAUGGCACAAUACCUGCAGCUGAAGAACACAAUUAAAAGCAUUCAGGAAUCUGACAGCAAAGAACUCAAAACAGAUGUUGAUCUUGGGUGCAGUUUCUACGUACAGGCUCAUGUGCCUGAUACAUCAAAAAUAUGUGUGGCAGUCGGAUAUGGAUUCUUCAUAGAAUUCACACAUGCCGAGGCUUUGAAGUUCAUCGAAAAGAAGACAAAUCAACUAACCGAAUAUACUGAGGUUCUGACUAAAGAUGCGGCAAAGUUAAAGGCCAAUAUUCGCAUGGUUCUGGAGGGAUUGAGGGAAUUGCAAGGUCUAAAGGAUCUUCCAGAGACCAGAAGGAGAGAGGUGUUUUAGUAUAAUACAGCUUAUAAAAGCACGGAGUAUUCUUUUUGCACAUGACUUAAUGUUUGUUUCAAACAAUGUUAACAUUAUGGCAGUUAGGUUAGGAUGAACCUUGCCUUUUAACAGGUUAUACUGUUGUUUUGAAAAAUUAGCUAUAUAAAUUGCACCUCUGUGCCAUUUGGUGAUCAUUUUAACUAUGCCUCUGUUUGUGCAUGCAAUACACUAGCACAUUUUAUUACUUAAACCCCUUUAAGAUCAUGCAGUUUAUAUAAAUGCAGAUAUUUCUGCAAAGAAAGAUGAACAUGUGCAAGCCCUCUUUUCAUAUCUAGAGCAGAAGGAUUCUGCUGUAAAAGGUUUAGGUACCUGUAAAUACAGAAUGAUGUUAAAUUCAGAUCAGGAAAUGUUAUUAUUUUAAAGGGAGGAAUGUCAUGUGUGAUUUUAUAGUAUCUUAGGCAGACCGUUCAAAUCAUGCAUAUUAAUUGGUAAUGACACGACAUUCAUAGUUAUAUAUUACUAUUUACCUCUAAGCUGUUAUUUUUUGGUCUAUUUUAAGAUUAUAUUACAAAGCCAUUAUUUGUAGAUCUAAUAUUACAACCCUAUUUCCAAAAAAGUUGGGACAGUAUGGAAAAUGCUAAUAAAAACAAAAAGGAAUGAUUUGUAAAUUCUGUUCAGCCUGUGCUAUAUUGAAAGUACUACAACAACACAAUAUUUGAUGUUUCACCCUUGUGAACUUAUUUUUUUUUUUAAAUAUACACAUUUCAAAUCAGAUGAUUGCAACAUGCUUCAAAAAAGUCAGGACAGUCAGUGUUUACCACUGUGUAACAUCACCAUUUCUUCUAAUAACUCUUAUUAAGCAUUUGGGCACUGAAGACACGUUUGUUAAGUUUUUACAAGCAGAAUUUUCUCCCAUUCAUCCAUUAUGCAGGUGUUAAGCUGCAUAAUUGUACAGGGUCUUCGUUGCCGUAUUUGUGCUUCAUAAUGCGCCACAUAUUCUCAAGUGGAGACAGGUCAGGACUAGCACCCGUGCACUCUAAUCCGGGCAGUAUGUGGUUUGGGGUUGGCCUGCUGGAAAACCACUUCUAAAUGCGUAUAAUCUCUGAUCCCAUGUGUCAUGUGUCUAUAAUGGAUAUCAUGACUUUGGCUUGGGUAUACUUCGGUAAACCUUUGUCAGUCAACACCAUUUGCCACUGCAGCCACAGAUUCAAGUUAAGGCUUUACUAUGCAAAGGAGAAGCCAUACAUCAUCACUGUCCAGAAGCGCCACCGACUUCUCUGGGCUCGGUCUCAUCUGAGAUGGAAAGUAGAACAGUGGUAUCAUGUUUUGUGGUCAGACAAAUCCACAUUUCAAAUAGUUUUUUGACAAAAAAGCCGUUAUGUUCUCCGGGACAAAGAGGAAAAGGACCAUCCAAUCUGUUCAGCAUCAGGUCCAAAAGCCAGUGGUUGUCAUGGUAUGGGGUAAUUUGCACAUCUGUGAGAGCACCAUUAAGGUAGAAAGAUAUGUACAAAUUUUGGAGCAACAUAUACUGCCAUCCAGAUGCUGUCUUUUCCAGGGACGUCCUUGCAUGUUCCAGCAGAACAGUGCCAAACCACAUUCUGCCCGGAUUACAAGUGCAUGGCUAUGUGAGCAGAGCAUGCAGGUGCUAGAUUGGCCUGCCUGUAGUCCUGAUCUGUCUCCAACUGAGAAUAUGUGGCACAUUAUGAAGUGCAAAAUACAGCAACGAAAACCCCAUACUAACACCUGCAUAAUGGAUGAAUGGGGGAAAAUUCCACUUGCUAAACUUAACAAACUUGUGUCUUCAGUACCCAGAUGCUUAAUAAGUGUUAUUAGAAGAAAUGGUGAUGUUACACAGUGGUAAACACUCAACUCUCCCAGCAUUUUUUGGGCACCUGGGUAGCUCAGUGGUAAAGACGCUGGCUACCACCCCUGUAGUUCGCUAGCUCGAAUUCAAGGCGAGCUGAAUGACUCCAGCCAGGUGUCCUAAGCAACCAAAUUGGCCAGGUUGCUAGGGAGGGUAGAGUCACAUGGGGUAACCUCCUCGUGAUCACUAUAAUGUGGUUCGUUCUCGGUGGGCGCGUGGUGAGUUGAGCAUGGUAUGUCUCCGUGGCAGCAUGCUCAAUAAGCCACGUGAUAAGAUGCGUGGGUUGACGAUCUCAGACGCGGAGGCAACUGGGAUUCGUCCUCCCCCACCCGGACUGAGGCGAAUCACUACGCGACCACAAGGACUUAAAAGCACAUUGGGAAUAUGGCAUUCCAAAUUGGGAGAAAAAGGGGAAAAAUCAAAUAAUGUGUUGUUGUAGUGCUUUCAAUAUUGCACAGGGUGAAUAGAAUUUAAAAAUUGUUUUUAUUAGCAUUUUCCAUACUGUUCCAAUUUUAUUGGAAUUGGGGUUGUAAAAAAAGAUGUGAACAUUUCAGAACAGAUGUUUAUCUGAAUACAGUUUAAGUAUAUAAAAUAUAUUUUAGCACAAAGUCUACUGUAAUUAAAAAUGUAGUUAACAUUAUGUUGUUAUAUCUACAAAUAAAAAGAGAACAAACUUUA